AUGACGAUCAAUACGGAGCUCCCGGACGACCCCCGUCCCCAGCAGAGAAUGCAGGCCAUUUUGACGUUUUUGGUCUUUGCGGCCGGUAUGACGGUGGCCUGUCUUGGGAUCUUCAACUACGAGAAAGUGUCUUCGCCAAUAAUGAACGCCACCAUGUACUUCUUGAGACGUAGUGAGCACGCGAGAGAACUUCUUGGCAGCAAAAUCACCUACGACGGGUUGUUUCCAUGGAUCUACGGUGAGGUCAACACCAUGAAAGGUAUGGUGGACUGCACCACGAGCAUCUGCGGGGAUAAGAGCUCUGCGUUGAUGGUUUUGAAGGCCGAGAAGAAGGCCGAUGACAAGUUUACUAUCAUACAGUGGUUGCUUAUUGGUGAGAACGGCGAAGUUGUCGACUUGACCAACGAUGCCAGUGUCGACUUGUUUUUUUAG